AUGAAUCUGGAGCACCCUGAUCACGACGAUUUUGAAGUCGUCUCUCAGGACAGUCGGUUUGGCGGAUUCGAGGUGCUCAAGCAUAAAGAACGUAGCCUAGCGUCAUUCUCGCAGAAGGCUCACUCCCCUCGCAGGAUGGAGUUGCAGAAGCAUGUUAUGGCGGACAAGGUCUUUGGAACGGUCUACCCAGUGUACACCCGUGACGGGCGCAAGUGGAUUCUCAUGUGCCGCACACGAAUAUAUACGCGCGGGUCGUUCACCGGCCCCGGCGUUCGUGGUCACUAUCUCCACCUCCCUAAGCACCAUAGGAAAGCGAGUCGUGAGGCAUUGGGAAUCUGGAAGGUUGACGGUCGUGCUUGGAAGGUCUAUGAGAAAGAUGGCCAGUACCAGAAGUUGAUGGACGACUACCUUCGCGCAGAAGUAGAUGCUGGACUUCCGAUGGGCAAAUUCUCCUUCUUGAAAGGAACUGUCAAACGAUCCAAGGCACCGACCAAUGGUUUUGUUCUAGAGACGGAGUGGAUGGAAGGAGCCAACUUCCAAAAGGGUUCGUUCAAACAGGCCCUGGAACGUGGAGAGAUUCCUCACGAGAAAGCUACGGAUGAUUACGGCAGGACGAAGGGUGGAUGUGAUGCCGCCAACGUAGUGGGCCUGAAGGACUGCCAGGGAUUUGUGAAGGCCGGUAUUCGCGAGCCACUUCGCUUCAUUGAUGUCCAUACAUCAUGGAACCAGAGGACAAAGAAGUUUGACCAUAGCGAGGAGGCACAGGCACUGGUAGACGUAAUCGACACAUGGGGUACAAAGUAG